GGGGCGGGGCCUCGGGCCGGGCCGGCAACAUGGCGGAGGCGGAGGGGGAGAGCCUGGAGUCCUGGCUGAAUAAAGCCACAAACCCAUCUAACAGGCAAGAAGAUUGGGAAUAUAUCAUUGGAUUCUGUGACCAGAUCAACAAAGAACUCGAAGGGCCACAGAUAGCUGUGAGACUCCUGGCUCAUAAAAUCCAGUCACCACAGGAAUGGGAGGCAGUCCAAGCCUUGACAGUGCUGGAAGCUUGUAUGAAGAACUGUGGGAGAAGAUUUCAUAAUGAAGUAGGGAAGUUUCGCUUUCUAAACGAGUUAAUAAAAGUUGUGUCUCCAAAGUACCUAGGAGACCGAGUUUCAGAGAAGGUGAAGACCAAAGUCAUUGAACUGCUGUAUAGCUGGACAGUGGCAUUGCCAGAAGAAUCCAAAAUCAAGGAUGCCUACUACAUGCUGAAGCGACAAGGGAUUGUUAUGUUUGAUCCUGUGAUUCCUGCAGACAGAACCCUGAUUCCUUCUCCACCACCUCGUCCCAAAAACCCUGUGUUUGAUGAUGAGGAAAAAUCCAAGCUUCUAGCCAAACUGCUGAAAAGCAAGAACCCAGAUGAUUUACAAGAGGCCAACAAGCUUAUAAAAUCCAUGGUAAAAGAGGAUGAGGCUCGGAUUCAGAAGGUGACAAAACGCAUGCACACACUGGAGGAAGUGAACAACAAUGUGAAGCUGCUGAAUGAGAUGCUGGUUCAUUACAGCAAAGAGGAGUCAUCAGAGGCUGAUAGGGAGCUCAUGAAGGAGCUCUAUGAAAGGUGUGAAACCAAAAGACGGACGUUAUUCAAGCUGGCCAGUGAGACAGAAGAUAAUGACAGCAGUCUGGGGGAUAUUCUGCAGGCCAGUGACAAUUUAUCCCGUGUGAUAAAUUCCUAUAAAAAAAUAAUAGAGGGGCAAAUGAUCAAUGGUGAAGUGGAUCUCCCCGUGAUGUCUGAAGGGAGUAACUCCACAAGUAACCUCAACACCCUCAUUGACCUUGCUGGAUUGGAUGUCACCAGCACCCCACCACCUCCAAUGCCACCCAGCACCCUGACACCAGCCCCCACAGCAGCCCCAGCCCCAGCAGAAAUUCCCAUCCUCCCACCUCCUCCCCAGACCUUCGUGCAGUCAAGGAGCAGCUCCUCCAGCCAAGCAGAAGCCGCAUCCGCUCAGCAGAGCAGCACAGCCAACUCCCUCUCCUUGCUGGAUGAAGAGCUUCUGUGCUUAGGCCUGAAUGACCCAGCCCCUGCAGCAGUGAAAGAGACCUCAGAAAACAACCAGUGGAGCAUGUUUGAGAACGACCAGUUGGACCUGGAUUUCUUUAAUCCGAAGAUGGUGACUGUUGCUUGCAACCCUGCAGGGAACCCUCUUCUCCAUCACACACCACAGACCACGUGUGGGACGUCAGUGACGCUGCCCUCUGCUUUCACUGCCUCUCAGACAGCUUCCAGCAUCCCAGCACCAAACUCAGCACCAUUUGCAUUCUCUGCUGGACCAGCUGCCCCUGUGGGGCCUCCUAAGACUAUUCCAGCUGCUCCUGGGUACUUCAGCUCAUCUGGGGGGAGCAAUAUGUCACAUAAGAUGGAUGCACUGGGACAACUCCUUGAAGAAGCCAAAGGGACUGCCACCCAAGGCAUGGUGACAACCUCAGUGUUCCCUGGGGUUACUUUGCCAACCACUGUCACCUCUGCUCCAUUAAUAGCACCUACUGGGCCACCAGCCACUGCCCCUGGAGCCCCUCCAGUUCCUUUCCCAAGCAGCUGCACUGCAGGCUCAGGAAGUCCUCUCUUCCAGCCAGCAUCAUUCCAGCAGCAAGGCAGUCCCAUGAAGGCUCCUGAAAUUUCUUUGGCCAAUGUCCACGUUCCCUUGGAAACCAUUAAACCCAGCAGUGCCCUCCCAGUGACAGCCUAUGACAAGAAUGGCUUCAGGAUCCUCCUGCACUUUGCCCGGGAGUGCCCGCCGGGCAGGUCGGACGUGCUGGUGGUGGUGGUCUCAAUGCUGAACACAGCCCCACUUCCAGUGAAGAACAUUGUGCUGCAGGCUGCUGUGCCCAAGUCCAUGAAAGUGAAGUUACAGCCACCCUCUGGCACUGAGUUGUCUCCAUUCAACCCCAUCCAGCCACCUACUGCCAUCACCCAGGUGAUGCUGCUGGCAAAUCCUGCCAAGGAGAAAGUGAGGCUGAGGUACAGACUGACCUUCACCCUGGGAGAUCAGCCCAGCACAGAGGUUGGCGAAGUGGAUCAGUUUCCCCCAGUAGAGCAGUGGGGGAAUCUAUGACCUUAGGACACUGCCAGAGACUCUGUGACAGGACCAGGGAAGGAUCCCACAGGACUGGAAUGAAUGUGACCUGGGGAGGGACACACAUGCUAUCCACUGGUGAUGUUCAGCUUUGUUUACAUGUCCUGGCCACUCUGCUUGUAGCUUUAGUCCAGAAUGUUUUUGCCCCAUGUUUAAGGGGUCCUGGGACAUUUAUGCCAAGCAUGAACUGAGUGGCAGCCAGGUACAGGCGGUGCUGGCUGCUUCUAUCUUGACCUCUGGGGGAAUCUGGUUCUAUCUUCCACACUAUUAAACUUGAAGUUAUUGUAUUUUGAGGGGAGACCUGUCAGCAGGAAAGGAUUGAGUUGGUUUUGUUCCUGUUCUGCUGUCCAGAGAUACCUGCGGGCUGGUGGGGUGAUGAUGCCACCAUGAGCUUCCUCAGUGCUGAGCCCUCCCCUGGACUCGUUCCCCUCAGUGCCAGGCUGGACCCGCUACGCAUGUUGAGCAAUAAUGUUGGCUCCAUGAGGGAAUGGUUUGUUUUGGUUUUUUUUACACUGAAAUGGCACUCAGCUCCCUUCCCUUCCACUGCCCCCUUCCCAAGGGCCACUGUAAGCAGCCCCUUGCCCUGUGCUGUGUGACACUGCUGGACCUUUAGUUGUUAUAUUUAUUUUCUACUGCUCGCUGCCUCCCUGUUGUAUCCACUUUGGGCAGCUGGGGCUGAGUUUUGUCUGCCCAUGGUUGUUUUUCUGCCUUCAUUGCAUUCCAUAGUGUGGGGAAAAGAGGAAAUGAUCAGUGAGGAGGUAAAUAGGGCUGGAAAGGAGCAGUCAGUAUUGGUGGAGGACAGCACCAGGAGUGCAGAGAUGUCUUUACAAUCAUUAAUCAGGUGCAGUGGCUGAAUCCAGGGAUAAGGAGAGGUGCCUCCUGUGUCCCCUCAUGCAGGCAGUAUUAUUAUUGUAGUUGAAUACUGUGUUUUAUUGAGAUGAAAUACAAGAUGUAAAUUAUUUACUAUAGGAUAUCUAAAUAGAAACAAGCAGACAGUGAAAGGAAAGAAGGCUCCACUGGGCUGUGACCAUGCAUGUGCUGGGGUUAAUGCCCUGGUUUAUUUGUUCCCUGUAUGAAGUAGAAAAGUGCAAUUGUCUCCUUGAGGGCAAAGUAGUUUUGCUGGACAUGUGUGUCUGUGCUAACGGGGCAGAAGAGCUGACCCCUCUUGUUACAGUCUCACAGAAACUAGGUUUAAAUCACCAAAACUUUAUUCCAGCAAUCCCUGCCUUCUCCCCUUUGAUUUCCAAUCUCAAGCAGUGCCUCAGAUGGCUUUGCAACAGACUGUUAGAAAUUAAUGAGGUUUUUUAACACCCCUUGACAAAAGCACAGCCACAGGUGGGUCUGUGGACACCAAGCUCAGCAUUCCCAGCACUGCUGUGAGUGGGAGCAGUCAGCUCAAGUGCUGAGAACAUCAGGAGGAGACUCCUGCCUGCUGUAGGAAGAAAACUCCAGAAAAGAACGUGCUGCUGGAAUUGAUGGCAGCUGUAAAACCCAUUACUGCAAAUGCAGCUUCAAGUUAUUAGUUGAAAUUUCUUUACUGUGUUGCAAAGUAAAACUCUUUAUGAGGUGAAACACUCCACAGAUUCCAAGGCUUGAGCUCCCAAGCAGAGGCUCCAGGCAGCUGUAGAAGCCCCUGAAGGCGGAAUCAAAGCUUGGCCAAGGAGCUUGCUGUGAACUCCUGGUCAGAAGCUGAUGAAGGCUCCAGCCUUGUCAUCUCCCUGACACAGAAGGCAGGUGAGAAGGAUGGGUACGUGGUUUGAUUGUUAUGAAAAGCAGUUUUAAAUGGAUGGCCUGGGUAAAGGGACAAGGAGAGAAUUCUUUCUGCCUCAGACAUGGUUUUUUGCCAGCACUUUAUAGACACGUAGGCAUAGGGGUGCUCCCCAGGUCAUGGCAGUGGACAUGGGUUUCACUGCUUUAGAUGCCUACAAUGUGAAUUUCACUGUGACUUGCAGGAGGUCAGCAGAGCACAGGAGCUCUCUGCAGUGUGGCUUUGUGCUCUGCCCAAGCUGUGCAGCCAGAUGGGAAGGUGCUGUGGUCUUGCUGCCUGGAAAUGAGUUGUUAAAAGCUUUGGAAAUUAAACUAUGAAUGUUCUUUGUCUGCAGGGUGAGGUUCCUGCUUCAUACCAACAGCCCUAACUGUACAUCUCAAAUGCAUUUGUUCUGCUGCAUGUUAAAUAAAUCAUUUUCCCUACUU